CAUCCUGGCUAACAGCCAUUAAAGGAGUUAACCUCCAUGAAUUUAUCCAGUUCUCUUUUAAACCCUGUUAUAGACUUAACCCACUUCUGCUGUUGCUCUGCUUAAAAAAGUAAAGUUGGAAUUUUCUCACAGUGGGAGUACUGUUUUAUGGGAUUUCAUUCUUCCCAAACUCAAAAAUGUGUGAAGAUCAAAUUUCUUAAAAAAUAAAUCUAUAUCUAUAGAUGUACUUCCUGACAGGACCCAAGCCUGGAAAAAUGCCUCCCUUCACUUCAGGCAGUGAAAAUCUUUGAGUGUUAAGAAUCUGUAAAAAUGUGAACACCUGCUGUAAUCAUGUACGAAAGUGUGUGUGUGUGUGUGUGUGUUAACUUCUUAAUUUCCAGACUUCAGUGUUUCAUAAAAUAAGGAUAUUUUUGUUAUAUAUAAUACUAAUAAUAUAUAUAAUACUCUCUUUAUUUCUCUUCUCCUGUUUUGUAUUAAUAUGGAUCCUUACAUGAAAAUAAGAUUUUUGUUUCUUAAGAGAUUCAUCUGCUCUUCUGCUUCUCCAUCUGACGCCUGGAUCCACUGGGAUGUUGCAGUCCGUUGCUGUGGGGAUGAUUAGGUCACACAUGUGGGGUUGAUCAGAUUCUCUUUUCACAUAGAUGUCCCGGAUGAUUAAACCUGAAGCACUAGCAAAAUACAGAAAACAUGCUGUGUUGCUCAGCAGAAUUCUUCCUGAACAGAAAGGUUUUCAGGCUAUUCUAUGAGGUGCCAACAGGUCUUUUAUCAAAAACAAAACACACAGAGCCAUAGGCAGGCUGUGUGAAUGACAGCACAAACGGGUGGAAUAUUCUUAUUCAGGUGUAGGGGAAGUGGUUUGGAAUUCACAAUUUGGGAAUUUUCAGUUGUAACUGUUAAAUUUCGCUCAGUUAUCUGCUGAUCCCAGGUCUGAUCUCUCCCCUGCCACUGUGGUUGAGAUGCUGAUCCCAGGAGUUCCUCUCUCCCUUUUUCCUACUUCCUAGGUCUUGUUUUCAGGCUCUGUGUGUCCUUGCCAUAUCAGGGUUAUGUGUAUAGCCUCUAGAAGCUCAGGCGAGCCAUUCCCUGUAAAAUUACUAUAGCCCUCUCCUUUCCUUUGCUCUGGGAUGAAUCUUUAACAAGGAGAGAUGUAUUGAGAGGAAACCAGCCAGAUGGUUUGUCAGGUUAUGGGAUGGAUUGUGCUUUGCAGGAGGCUACUUCCCCUUACACUCAUAGGAACUGCUUGAGGUCCUUUCUCUUGUGGCUAGAGAUCACUUCUGGAUUCAGCACCAAAUACAGCCAUCCUCCCUAGUACAGUGUAAUGAAUGAACAUGAUGUGCAUUGGCUUGUCUGUCAGUAAGUUUCCCUGUUUUGCUGUCUGGCAGGCUGGGCUGAAGGUGGUUCUAUGUUCAGAAACACAGGGGUGCUCUUCCAUCAGGUGGAGAGGCAGUGCAGCAUCAUCCACUACAUCUACCAGAACAUGCUGGGUGGCUCUAUCCGAGCACAGCUCAGGCAGUGUCUCCAGCUUCCCUUUGUGCGUUCUCUUACUUCAUACCGCCUCUUCCGAACAGCGAGUCCCUUUGACAGGAGAGUGACAUGUCUGGAGUGGCAUCCAACUCACCCCAGCACUGUGGCUGUGGGGUCCAAAGGUGGAGACAUCAUCCUGUGGGACUAUGAAGUACUGAAUAAAACCUGUUUCAUAAAAGGGAAAGGGCCAGGAGACUCUCUUGGAGGCAUGAAGUUCAGCCCAUUUGAGGCAGUGAAGCUUUAUGUGGCAUCAGGGGAUGGCACCCUUAGUCUGCAGCAUCUGGAAGGCAAAGCGGCGCAGGUGAUCUCCCGCACGCCAGGCUGUGGCCAUGAGUACCAUGAUGUUUGUUUCUGGUACUGCAGUGUUGAUGUGUCUGCAAGCUGCCGGACCGUGGUGACAGGCGAUAACGUGGGUAAUGUGGUCCUGCUCAGCACUGGUGGUGAAGAGAUUUGGAAGCUGAAAUUACAUAAGAAGAAAGUGACUCAUGUGGAAUUUAACUCGCGCUGCGAUUGGCUCCUGGCUACAGCUUCUGUGGACCAGACAGUCAAAAUCUGGGACCUGAGAAACAUCAAAGACAAGUCAAGUUUCCUGCAUGUGCUGCCUCAUGACAAACCUGUCAAUGCUGCUUAUUUCAGCCCAACGGAUGGUGCUAAGCUCCUGACCACAGACCAGCAUAGUGAGAUCCGAGUCUAUUCCUCUUCAGAUUGGACCAAACCACAGCAUCUGAUCCCACAUCCGCAUCGGCAGUUCCAGCACCUCACACCUAUCAAGGCGACGUGGCACCCUCGUUAUGACCUCAUUGUGGCUGGUCGCUAUCCAGACCCUAAGUUCCCAGGAUACACAGUGGAUGAGCUGCGAACUGUUGAUAUAUUUGAUGGAAACACUGGGGAGAUGGUGUGCCAGCUCCAUGACCCAAAUGCAUCUGGCAUUAUCUCGCUCAAUAAGUUUAACCCUAUGGGAGAUACACUGGCCUCUGGUAUGGGCUUUAACAUUCUGAUCUGGAGCCGGGAAGAGAUGGUGACCAAGAAACAGGAGCAUCUCUUGAAAGCUAUGACAGAGCAGGGAAUUGGAAGCCGGAGCUUGUCCAGGCAUGGGCUGCAGAAGCAGUCAAACCCACGGGCAAGCAAACUCAAAACCAAGUUGCUUGCUCUGGAACUAGAGGGGACUAAAACAAAGGGCAAAGAUCCCAAAUCACAGGGCAGGAAGCGGAAGGAUCUUGAGGAUUGAGCAAACACCUCUAGGCUUUCUAGAUCAUUCUGGACAAAGCCAGUCCUGGCACAGUGGGCGACAUCUACCCUGAGAGGCACCAGCCUUCUGCUUUGUCCUUCCUUGCUGGGUAGGAAGUUGCUGCUUGUACUUUCCGCUUUCCCCACUAGAGGGUGGUGGUAUUGUCAGCUCCUCCUCCUGUGUGGGUGAUACAUUUUAUCAAGCACUAUGGGAGCCUGCAUGUCAGCAUGCCCUGUGCUGGCAUCCAUUUAAUGGGACCACAAAAAGCAGCAUUAUGCUUAUGCGUGAUUCUUGUUCUUUAAUUAUCUGUGUAAUGGGAUAUGAGGUUAAUGUGGCAGCAGCCAGGGCUGAGCUGGGCUGCUGCUGUAGUUUAUAUCUUCAGAGCUUUAGUCUCUUUCCUGCAGUGCACCAGCCAGCCCUGUUUUCAGUCUUGUACCCCAGUGUGGGAUAGGUGUUCCCAAAGUGGAACCUGAGGACUGUCUUCCAAAUACCCCUUCUCAUAUAGCUACAUCUCAGGUCUGCUGUUAACCUACAAGUUUUUAUGUUUGAAAGUUAGCUUGUUUACAGCACUGCCUGGGGCAUAGGUGGAGUAUAUGCCCUCCCCAAAACUGCUGUCUGGGGCCAUGGCUCAGGCCCUGGUGAGAGGCUUUGUUAAUUUCAUGGUGUUUAUAAUAUUCAACUGUUAAUAAAGUUUUGUACAGAA